AUGGAAACACUACCAGACCCAUCGCAGUACACCCUCACCGGCGACGACGACUUUGGCUCGGGCGCCUCGACUCCCACAAUCGUCCCGGACGCCGAGUCGGUCUUGGAGUUACCAACUGAGCAAUCUCCUGUCGUCGUCGUCACCGAAAAGCCAGGGCCUUUAGACCGGGAAGAAAAACCCGACUUCAUCAAGAAGCCGGCACCCUCAGAUCCAGCUGCGGAACCCAUCUCAGAGAAGCCGCUGCUGUCCGAACCUCCAGACGGCGGGCUCACGGCCUGGCUGCAGGUCCUGGCCGGCCACCUCAUCGUCUUCAACACCUGGGGCUACAUCAUCAGCUUCGGCAUCUUCCAGCCCUACUACGCCUCCAAGCUCAACACGGCGCCCUCGGCCAUCGCCUGGAUCGGCAGCGUGCAAAUCUGCCUCAUCUUCCUCGUCGGCGCCGUGUCGGGGCGCGCCUUCGACGCGGGCUACUACCGCCACGCCCUCCUCCUCGGCAGCGCCAUGCAGCUCAUCGGCAUCCUGGCCACGAGCUUCGCGCGGACGUACCUGCAGCUGUUUCUCGCGCAGGGCCUGUGCCAGGGGCUCGGCUGCGGCAUCGUCUUUGCGCCGACUAUUGCGAACAUGUCGACGUACUUUACGCGGAAGCGCAGCAUGGCGAUUUCCACGUCGGGGUGUGGUGGCGGGACGGGCGGCAUGGUGUUUCCGCUCAUGGCGCAGCAGCUCAUGCCUAGGAUUGGGUUUCACUGGACGGUCCGCGCCAUGGGCCUCGUCGUGCUCGUCUCGUCGCUCAUAGUCAUGGCCAUUGUGCGGCCGAGACUGCCUCCAAGACGGUCGGGGCCGCUCCUUGAGUUGGCUGCGUUCAAGGAGCCGACUUACUUUUUGUUUUCCAUCAGCAUGUUUUUCGUGCUGUGGGCGGCCUACUUUGUCUAUUACUACGCUCGCGCGUAUGGCGUCGACGUCCUCGGCGUAUCCCAGUCCACGUCCUUCACCAUGCUGCUCAUCAUCAACGCCAUCGGUAUCCCGGGGCGACUUAUGCCCGCGUACGUCGCAGACCGGUACAUCGGCGCCGUGUACACCUUCAUCCCCAUCGUCUUCGCGUCGGCUGUGUGCGUCUUCGCGUGGGCGGGCGUCGGCAGCCUGGGCGGCGACUACGCUUGGCUGCUCGUGUACGGCUUCUUCGGCGCGGCCAUCCAGGUGCUGUUUCCGUCGUCGCUGGCCGGGCUGAGCACCGACCUGAGCAAGAACGGCACGCGCAUCGGCAUGGUCUUUACGAUUGUGAGCGUCGCCGCGCUGACGGGCCCGCCGCUCGCAGGCAAGCUCAUCGAAGUCGCGGGCGGGAGCUACAUCGCGGCGCAGAUGUGGGGAGGUGCGUGCCUCGUCUUGGGUGGUGCGCUGCUUUGCGCGGCGAAGUGGGUGGACCUGAAGAACAACAAGGGGCGCAGGUGGUGA